UAUGAAUAGGAAAUAAUAAGCUCCUGUGUCUUAAAAACCAGUUGGUAAAUAACAAUAAGUCAGUCGUAAAUAAUAAGAUAGGUAAAUAAUUAGGGUAUAUUAAUUUUUAGACCAGGUUUGACUGAAGAUGAGAUAGAAGAGAUUAAAGAAGCUUUCAAUUUAUUUGAUACAGAAGGUACAGGCAAAGUAGACCCUAGAGAAUUAAAGGCAGCUAUGUAAAGUUUAGGAUUUGAUUAAAAAAAUCCAACUAUUUUUAAUAUGAUUGCAGAAUUAGAAAAUGAGGGAUAUGAAAUUGAUUUUGAUUAGUUCUUAGAUGCCAUCUCUUCUAAAUUAGGUAAUAGAGAAACAAGAGAUGGAAUCAAUAAAAUUUUUGAUUUAUUUGAUGAUGAUGGUAGUAAUACUAUUAACUUAAAUAAUUUAAAACGAGUAUAAUAUAUUAUUAAUAUUUUAGGUGGCCAAAGAAUUAGGUGAAACAAUGGCAGCUGAAGAACUUGCAGAAAUGUUAGAAAGAGCAGCUUCAAAUGGUAGAGAUAUUUCAAGAGAAGACUUCUAUAACAUUAUGGUCAAAAGAACCUUUUGA